GAUUUGGGGGGAAAACCCCCAAGUUGGCAGCACUGGUUAAAGUCCAAUUUUAUAUCUUUUUUUAAGUGACUGAAGAGUUGAUUAAAGUUCAAAAAUAUUUAAAAUUGAAACAAUUCAUAAAUUAAUUUAUUAUUGGUGAAUCACGGUGUACAUAUAAAGAUAAAAUGUUUUUACGCAAAGUUGUUAACAAUGCUAAGCGUUUGGCUCCUAAUGUGCGAGCCAUGGCCAGUCAAGGCCCCCUAGUCGAUUUAACAGUUGACAACGAUGGAGUAUCUAUAAUGACGAUGCAAAGACCACCGGUCAACAGCCUUAACCUUGAUUUACUUAGAGAAUUAAGCAAAUCUCUUGAUGAAGUAGCAAAAAAUAAAAGCAGAGGAUUAAUAUUAACAUCAUCAUCACCAACAGUCUUUUCAGCUGGAUUAGAUAUAAUGGAAAUGUAUAAGCCUGAUUUUAAGAGAGCUGAAGAAUUUUGGACAACAUUACAGGAUGUUUGGUUUAAAUUAUUUGGUUCAAACUUUGUAACAGCAGCAGCUAUUAAUGGCCAUGCUCCAGCUGGUGGAUGUUUGUUAGCUAUGUCAUGUGAAUACCGAGUCAUGGUACAAGGUAAAUUCACAAUUGGACUUAAUGAAACUGCCUUAGGUAUAGUAGCACCGACAUGGUUCAUGGACACUAUGUGUCAUACCAUUCCUGUGCGGGAAGCAGAGUAUGCUCUCACUACUGCUCGGAUGUUCACAGUUGAUGAAGCUUUAAAGGUUCGUCUAGUUGAUGAGAGUGCAGCAGAUAAAGCGGAUGCCAUCAAUAAAUGCAAAAGUUUUAUCAAGAAAUUUGAAAGAAUCCCUCCAUUGGCUAGAUCUAUAACAAAACAGAAAAUACGUCAAGCUCCUAUAAAGAACCUUCAAGAAAACCGUAAAGCUGACUGUGAAGAAUUUUUAACUUAUCUUAAAAACCCAAAAGUUCAACAAAGCCUUGACAUGUAUAUUCAGUCGUUAAAAAAGAAAGCCACCAAUUAAUGUCAAAGAGAUGCGAAAAAAUAAUAAAACCUUGUCAAUAAGGUAUAGAAUAAGGUGCAAUGUUAUGUUUUCAAUAUUUGUGUGAGUAAGCUCCAGUAUAGUAGCUUAUUGUUAACCCCAUGCUACCUGUAUGGUGAAGUAAUUACGAGCAUGAGGCAUAUAAUGACAUCAACAGAGUGAGCGAUCACUUCUCGCAGUGCCAGUGUCUCUGUCCCUUAUACCAUCAGUAGUCCAUUUUACCUUCUCAAAUUAAAUUAAAAAAAAAGUGUUUAUCAAUUCAUACACAUUGUAUGUAAUAAGAAUUAAUGUAUUGUUGAUAUAAUCAAUAUUAUAUAUGUUAUAUUUUAAAUUUGUUAAUUUAUGGAUACAACUUAUACAAAGUAUUUUAUAAUUACAGUAUUUUUGUAUUCGUAUUGGAUUAAUUUAAUAAUAAAAGUUAAAAAAAAAAUCCCCAAAAAUAUUUUAAUCAUUAAAAAUCAUCUCCCAAAAGUGCAGCUGUUUCAGGGUCAACCGUUUCGGUCAUAUUCAUCUGCAUAUCUGUCCAUUCCUCACGCUGGUUAUCUAUGUAGUAAUAUAUUUCUAGGAUUCUGUC